AUGGAAGAUCUAUACAAAAGGAAGUUGCAAAGGAUCAAAACGGAUGAAGUAGAGAAGAAUUCCUUGCAGAUUACUUCACAAUUGAAAAGCAUCAGAUACAGGAACCAUCUCCAGAAAUUCAUCAUUAUUGUGCUCGUAUUUGGGACAACCCUCGGAAUUCUGACUUCUCCCACCAUUUACGUACAAGAAAAUUUUUCACUAGCCGUUUCUCAGCCUGAUAUUGUUACCAGGUUAUUGGGUACAUCAGAUCUUAGGUAUGUGUCAGACUUGGAAAUCAAGUGGGAUGAUAUUUCACAUGUUCUAGAGCAAUUAUUACAAAAGGAUGAAAUCCAUGGAGUUGGGCUCCUCAAUUUCAACACUACAGAAAUCAGUCAAUGGAAGAAGCUGGUCCCUUCUGCAAAUCACACAUUGCUACAGCUAGAGAAUGCUGAGAAGAACCUAACUUGGGAUUCCCUGUACCCAGAAUGGAUUGAUGAAGAACAAGUGAAUGAGGUCCCUAGCUGCCCUACAUUACCCAAACUCGAAGUUCCGAUAAACCAUCUGGAUCUUGUAGCAGUUAAGCUUCCUUGUUCACAAACCAAGAAUUGGAUGAGAGAUGUUCCAAGGCUACACUUGCAGCUUGCGGUCGCUGGUUUGGUAACAUCGGCGAAAGGCCUGUUCCCUGUCCACAUAUUGUUCAUCACCAAGUGUUUUCCGGUACCGAAUUUGUUCCCUUGUAAUGGCCUGGCUGGACAUGUUGGCUUUGCCUGGUUGUACAAGCCAAAUAUCAAGUUAGCCACUGAAAAAUGUCAGCUACCACAGGGAUCCUGUGAACUUGCAGUGCCACUUGGAGUAAGAGCGCAAGAUUUACCAGUGAAAAAACAGCGGGAAGCAUACGCGACGAUCCUGGUUGGAGCUCAGCUGUUUAUCUGUGGAGCUAUAGUCGCGGCGCAGAGUAUCCGAAUGUCUGGAUCGACGAAGGAUCUGGUGGUUCUUGUUGAUGAGAAGAUGGAUAAGUAUCACAAGAAUGGACUUCAGAUGGCAGGAUGGGAGGUACGGACCAUAAAGGGAAUCCGAAAUCCCAAAGCUCGGAAAGAAGCUUACAAUGAGUGGAACUACAGCAAAUUCAGACUCUGGCAAUUGACAGACUACGACAAGAUCAUUUUCAUUGAUUCUGAUUUGCUCAUUCGUAGGAACAUCGAUUUCUUGUUCACGAUGCCGGAGAUCACAGCCAGAGGCAACCAUGGUACCCUUUUCAACACCGGCGUGAUGGUGAUUGAACCAUCAAAUUGUACCUUCCAGUUGCUGAUGGACCAUUUAUAUGAGUUUGAAUCAUACAAUGGUGGAGAUCAAGGAUACUUGAAUGAAAUAUUUCCAUGGUGGCACCGGAUGCCAGAACGCCUGAAUUUCCUCAAAAACUUCCUUGCCUAUCAGAGCGACGAAGUGAACCAAAAGAAAAUCCAGCUCAUUGCAGCAGAACCGCCAAUACUUUAUGUCAUUCACUAUUUGGGAUUUUACAAGCCCUGGAUGUGCUCCAGAGACUACGACUGCAACUGGAAUGUCGGGAAACUGCAGGAGUUUGCCAGCGAUGAUGCUCACAGGAUCUGGUGGAGAGCACACGACGCGAUGCUGGAAAAACUGCAAGGAUACUGCAUGCUUAAAGCUAGACAGAGAGCACAGUUGGAAUAUGACAGAAGAGAAGCAGAGAAAAGAAACUACACAGAUGGACAUUGGAAAAUUGUGAUCAAGGAUCCACGCUACACAAAUUGUAGCAAUCUGCAAUGCAAUAAAAUUUCGGAGAAAAUGUUGUGGCGUUGGGGUGUAAAAGAUUGA